UACGCGGAUUGCGCAGUGCUCCCGAAAAUGGCGGCCGUGCCGGAGAUGCGCUCGGGUUUGUGAAAAUGAAGCGGAGGAGAAGCAGUUCCUGUCAGUGAAGACCCGGUCUUUCUGUUCGCGGACUUUCAGUCGAGAGCCGCGGUGUUUCCGAGGGUUUUUGGUUCGAGUUACGCUCUCCGGGUGCCUCGAAAUGAUGAAGCUCAAGUCAAACCAGACCCGGACCUACGACGGGGAGGGCUACAAGAAGCGUGCGGCGUGCCUGUGCUUCAGAAGCGAGAGUGAAGAGGAGGUCCUGCUGGUGAGCAGCAGCCGACACCCGGAUAAAUGGAUCGUUCCCGGAGGGGGGAUGGAACCGGAUGAAGAACCGAACGUGGCGGCGGUACGGGAGGUGUGCGAGGAGGCUGGUGUGAAAGGGACAUUAGGACGAUUAGUAGGUGUUUUUGAGAACCGCGACAGGAAACACAGAACGUACGUCUAUGUUCUUGUAGUAACGGAGGUUCUGAAAGACUGGGAGGACUCUGUAAAUAUUGGGAGAAAAAGGGAAUGGUUUAAAAUAGACGAUGCCGUAAAGGUGCUGCAGUGUCACAAGCCGGUGCAGGCCUCGUACUUUGAAGCUCUCCAGCAAGACUGUCUGACCAGUAACGGGACGCCGCUGGUAGCCACGCUAGCCGGGGAAAUAGCCCCCGCCUACAGCAUCAACCAGAGCUCUGUCUCCGGGAUCAGAUAACUAACAUGCAGAACAACUCCGGCUCUUGUUCGUUCUUUUCUUUUUUUUUUUUUUUUUUUUUUUUUUUACUGUUUGCCUUGCCAGCCUGGCACACUCUAGACGAAGUUGGGUGAUGAUGACGACACUUUGUAAAUGUGACGUUUUUUUGUUAUCUUGGUAUUGCAUGAAAGACCCCCAAGCCCAAUGCCCCCUUGCCCCCACCUCACCCCCUGAAUUGCAGGUAAUUUAAUGCAAGAGCUACUUUCUACUGUUGUGGUGACGUCAAGUGUAGGCAUAGUUCUGAUCAAAGCUAUGAAGGGUCAUUAUUGUCGUCUGUUAUUUUUAUUAUUAUUCCUGCCCUGAUUAGAGAUCUGUUGCAGGGUGGAAGGCGGGUUUACUGCUUGCACUGUGCGGGUACAGUUGGCAUUUUCUGUCGGUUGGGAGCACUUUAAGCUCGCCUGCACCUCCAAAGGACAGAGCUUACAUCUCCUACUUCUACAUUUUUUUAAAGGGUUUAACCCCUAGUGGCUACUCCACUAGUUAACCCAGCUGUGUGACAGGGUGGCAUGUGUGAAAAUUGUGGGCAAACGGGCAAUACCCUAUCCACGGUUCUGUAUGAGUUUGCACCUCGGCUGCACAACCAGGCCAUCUGCCCCCAGUGUGCAUGCUUGUGUAAUGCAUGGGACUGGUAAAAUACAGAAAGAGAAGGGAGGUAGGAGGGUUUGGAAGAGGGCCCUAGGCAGUGGCCUCUAACCAGAGAUGAAGGUUUUCAGUUUUAUAUCUGUAUUCAGACUUUUUUUUUUUUUGCCUGUGUAAAUCUGGUCUUAAAACAUUUGUGACCCUUCAGACUGUGUUGCUCCGGCCCUGCUUGCAACAUCUGAGUUAUACAUUUCUUUCCUCCUUUCUUUCUCUUUCUGUCUUUGCAUUUUCAGAUUUUGUGUUAGUAAUCUGUAGUCUCGUCCUGCUAUUGAACAUAUUGGAAACUCUGACUGGCCAAUUUCUGCUAGUUUCACAGACCAGGAUUAGCACUGAUGUUGAACUGCGUAAUGUUGCCUUGGGUAAAAUGGUCCCAGAUUAGCGCUGGUUGGGGUCAGUGAAACUAGCUGUGAAUGUUGCAUCUUUGUGUUCAUAAAACCGCUGAUGCUAAAGUUAUUUUUGAAACCCCUUGCUUGCCCAAGGGAAACCUUUUGCUUUUAAAUAAGGAUUUGUAUCACCAGGAUAAAAGAACUAAGCAUGGGAGUGAUAGAUUUUUUUUCCCUAUUUCCUGUGAAGUGAAAGUAUCAGCAGUGACUUUUUUCAGUAAAACAGUAUUGUCGAUUGCAUUUGUUUACCCCUCGUUUAUAAAGAUCUAGUAAUUCUAGGAUUUACAAGCU